GGUAACUAGAACAUGCGCAUUCCAGACUUACGUGGCAGAGUGAAGUGUAAAAGUAAUGUCCUUUAUUUAUUUAUCGUUUUCAGGAGAUAUUUAGUUAAUAUUGCAUUAAUAAGUUGAAAAUGAAUCCACAUUACUUAUCUCAGCAACAGUUUGGAGGCCCUCCGCAAGGAUUUCCCCCUACUAGUAGAGUAUCACCAAACACUACACCACAAUCAUUUCAGAAUAUUCCUCUUGGACCACCAAAAGCUAGCCAAUCUCCUUCAGGAGAUCAUCUUCCUCUACCCAGUUCACUGGGACAGUCUCUAAACACUCAAUCUGGACAGUUUCCUCCUAAUGUAACCGGGUCUGUUAUAAGACCACAAAUACCAUCAAAUCAAUUGCCACCUUCUGCCAUAAAAGAUUCAAAUAGUCCAUUUGGAUUGCCAAAAAUUGAUAAUUCACCACCCAAUGAUUUGCAAAAUGGACCUUCUCAGUUUCAGAAUGGACCACCAUCAUCACAAUUUCAAAAUGGUCAAAUGUCUGGUUCCAUACCAACAAGUAAUCCUAACAGACCACCAUCCAAUUUUGCCCCCUCUCCACAUACUCAGAGCAAUUUUGGUCCUUCUAUUCCAUCAAAUUCAAACUUACCUCCUCGACCACCUUCUAAUAAUUCAAAUAAUUUGGAACAACCCCCUUUAUCAAGCGGUCCACCAUCUUUAAUGGGUGGCAUAUCUGCUCUUCUAUCACAGCCUUCUAACAAAAUGGGUCAACCUCAUUUUUCAGGUGGUCCACCUUCCCAAAUGGGACAACCUUCAUUAUCGAGCGGUGCACCAUCUCAAACGGGACAACCCCCAUUAACGGGCGGUCCACCAUCCCAAAUGGGACAACCCCCAUUAUCGGGCGGCCCACCAUCCCAGAUGGGAAAACCACCAUUAUUAGACGGUCCACCAUCCCAGAUGGGACAAAAACCAUUAUUCAGUGGUGCCCCAUCCCAAACGGGACAAUCUCUAUUAUCAGAUGGUCCACCAUCUCAAAUGGGACAACUUUCAUUAUCAGGCGGUGCACCGUCCCAGAUGGGACAACCUCCAUUAUCGAGUGGUCCACCGUCCCAGAUGGGACAACCUCCAUUAUCGAGCGGUCCACCAUCUCAACUCGUACAUGGAGGACAAUUAUCUCAAAUGGGGCAACCAUCAUUACCAAGGGCCCCACCAUCUCAGAUGGGACAACCAUCAUUACCUGGUGGUCCAUCCCCUCAAAUGAACCAGCCUCCAUUGAUGAGUGAUCUACCUCCUCAAAUUGGACAAUCUUCCUUCCCUGGUGGUCCUCCUCAAGGGAUGGGACAAGGUCCUGCACAACAAAUGCGACAUCCACCUCUUUCCGGUAUGCCUCCACAACAAAUGGGACAUCCUCCUCUGCCUGGUGGUCCUCCACCUUUUGGAUCCAGGGUACAACAAAAUGGUCAAUUUGGGCCACCAUCUAAUCAAUUUAACAAUCAAGUGGGUCCUCCAAAGCCUGGACAAGUUCCUUUACAGUCACGUACGGGACAACCACCGUUUCCAGGGCAAGGUCCUUAUUCAAAUAUCUCUGGACCAUACCCUCCAUCAGGACAGGGAUCUCAAAUGCCUCCCCCACCCGGGCAACAAUAUGGUCCUGGUCAAAUAACAAAUCAGUUACAUCAGAUGAAUUUGACAGGUCCAAAACCAGUGUAUCCAGUAGGGGGUCCAAUGAGACCUAUGAAUGGCGAAAGUGGACCCCAUAUGCCGCCAUUAACAAACCAACCUGGCUACCAGAAUGGCCCACAAACAAGACGACCUCCUGGUCCUGGAUAUCCACCUAUGCCUGGACAAGCUCCUUUACCUGGUCAAGGACAAUAUCCCAGCAGUACUCCUUAUCCAGAGCAACCGAAACAAAAACAACUAGAUCCAGAUGAUGUUCCUAGUCCAAUUCAAGUAUUUCAAGAGGACCAAAUAAAUCGAGGCGGCAUAUUUGUAACAAAUGAUAAAGGAUUGAUGCCUCCAUUAGUAACUACUAAUUUCAUCGUUCAAGAUCAGGGCAAUUGCAGUCCUAGGUUCAUUAGGUCUACUAUGUAUAACAUUCCUUUUUCACAAGAUAUAUCCAAGCAAACUGCUAUUCCAUUUAGUUUGAUAAUAAGUCCGAUGGCUAGACAAGUGGAACAGGAAUAUCCACCUCCUGUGGUAGAUUUUGGAGCUUUGGGUCCUGUUAGAUGCAUACGUUGCAAGGCAUAUAUGUGUCCUUACAUGCAAUUUGUAGAUUCUGGUAGAAGAUUCCAAUGUCUGUUCUGCAUGGCUACAACAGAUGUCCCCACCGAAUAUUUCCAGCAUCUAGAUCAAUCAGGCUUAAGAAUGGACAGAUUCGAACGACCAGAAUUAAUAUUAGGAACUUACGAAUUUGUUGCUACUUCAGACUAUUGUCGAAACAACACAUUACCAAAACCGCCGGCAUUUAUAUUCGUUAUUGAUGUAUCAUACAAUAAUGUCAAAUCAGGAAUGUUAGCCUUGUUGUGUUCACAAAUGAAAGAUAUCCUUCAAAAUCUUCCUGUUGAUCAAGGACAAGAAAAAAGUAAUAUGAAAGUCGGAUUUAUUACUUACAGUAGUUCCGUUCAUUUUUAUAACAUCAAGGGUACAUUGGCGGCUCCACAAAUGAUGGUUGUGGGAGAUGUACAGGAUAUGUUUAUGCCACUACUUGAUGGAUUCCUUUGUACUCCAGAAGAAUCUGAAGCUGUAAUCGAUUUAUUAAUGCAACAAAUACCUAAGAUGUUUGAAGGUACUAGAGAAACGGAGACCAUCUUACUUCCAGCGAUUCAAGCAGGUUUAGAAGCUUUAAAAGCUUCUGAAUGUGCUGGUAAACUUUUAGUUUUCCAUUCGUCGCUACCAACAGCUGAAGCGCCGGGUAAAUUGAAGAAUCGCGACGAUAGAAAAUUAUUAGGAACGGAUAAAGAAAAAACUGUUUUAACACCACAAACGCAAGCAUAUAAUCAGUUAGGACAGGAAUGUGUUAGCAACGGAUGUUGUGUAGAUUUAUUCAUUUUUAAUAAUGCGUAUAUCGAUUUAGCAACUAUUGGACAAGUUUCGAGGCUAACCGGAGGAGAAGUGUUCAAAUAUACUUAUUUCCAGGCUGAUUUGGAUGGCGAAAGGUUAAUCAAUGAUAUAAUCUUGGACAUCAGUAGACCUAUAGCAUUUGACGCUGUUAUGAGGGUAAGAACAUCGGCUGGUGUUAGACCUACAGAUUUUUAUGGGCACUUCUAUAUGUCAAAUACGACGGAUAUUGAAUUAGCAGCACUAGACUGUGACAAAGCAAUCGGUGUUGAAAUUAAACAUGACGAUAAGUUAACCCCCGGUGCUGGCACAUAUAUACAAGCAGCCCUAUUAUAUACUUCUUGUUCGGGUCAAAGACGUCUGAGGAUAAUGAAUCUUUCUCUUAAAACUUGCUCUGAAAUGGCAGAUAUUUACAGGAGUUGUGAUUUAGAUACUUUAUUGAAUUACAUGAGUAAACAAGCAACAUAUAAAUUAUUAGAUAAUAAUCCGAAAGCGAUAAAGGAUUCUCUAAUAAAUAGAGCAGCUCAAAUUUUGGCGACUUAUCGAAAACACUGCGCUAGUCCAAGUAGCGCCGGUCAGUUGAUUCUUCCUGAAUGUAUGAAACUUCUCCCGGUGUACAUAAAUUGUCUUCUCAAGAAUGAUGUAAUUUCCGGUGGAGCCGACAUGACUAUUGAUGACAAGUCAUUCGUAAUGCAGGCCGUAAUGACAAUGGACGUUUCAAAUUCAGUGUAUUUCUUCUAUCCUAGACUAAUUCCAUUACAUACCAUCGAUCUUACAUCAGAAACUGUUACUAUUCCAUCUCCAAUUAGGUGUACUAUAAAUAAAAUGAGCGAACAAGGCGCUUAUAUUUUAGAAAAUGGUAUUCACAUGUUCUUAUGGUUUGGUCUUGGCGUGAAUCCUGAUUUUAUUCAAAAACUAUUUGGUGCUCCUUCAGCAAUACAAGUCGAUAUCGAUAGGAUAAAUUUGCCUGAAUUAGAUAAUCCACUUUCGGUAGCAGUUAGAUCAAUAAUAGAUGAAAUUAGAAUACAGAGACACAGAUGUAUGAGGUUAACACUAGUUAGACAAAGGGAGAAAUUGGAACCUGUCUUUAAACAUUUCUUAGUAGAAGAUCGUGGCGUAGACGGUUCUGCUAGCUAUGUAGAUUUCUUAUGUCACAUGCACAAAGAAAUCAGACAGAUACUUAGCUAACAAAAAUGCUGAUGCGAAUGUGAACAUUGAAUUGAUUCGGAAAGAUUUGUAUACAACAAACAAACAAACAAACAAAAAAACGUCUCAAUUAAUUUUUAUUCACUUGUAUAAAGUAUUUUUAAGGACUAUUUUUCUAUAGCGGACGUAUGUUAUUAAAUAUAAAUAUAUGUAUGGCUUUUUAUCGUGUGUCUUUGGAAAUUAUGAUAUUAUUAAUCAUUGAUACUAAAAAUUAUGACGAAACUGAAAAAUCAAAUAUAGAAAUGAAACUCGAUCAAGUUAUUUGGUUCUUUUAACAUCUUUUCAGAUCCUAAAGUUUUCUUUGGUUUUUUUAUUAGUCUUUCAACUGUUUCUCAGGAAGAUGUUCUGUACCACUGCAAUAUCUUAAAGUUCUGUUUAUGGACCUAUCUUUCUAAUUAGACUUCAUAGUCUUGACACUAGCCCUUUCAUAAAAGAUUCUGGUUUGGAUUUUUCUUCACCUCACCUAAUAUACCUAAGAGUUACUUAGGGGUUCGCUGUGGUACCACCCCUACCAGAACAAGUUACUUAUGAUGUUCCUUUCCUCACUAAAGCCCUGUAAGUUGAUCUACUAUUGUGUAUAUAUUUAUUACCUUUAUUUUGACUGAUAUUUUUCAGCAGUAUUUUAGUUUUUUCUACAUUCAACUCAAGGUUGUUGCCCCUAUGGUCAUUACUGAGUAAUUAAUGAAUUUCUUUCAAUAUUACAUUUCCAUUUUAUGAGUCAUUUCAUAAGACAAAUUCUAAGAUUAAAUUUGGGAAGUACAGAAGCAAUGUUAUCCCGUGAAUACACAUUUUUUUGGUAGUGUUGGUUGUUACUUAACACAAACAUGUUAUAUUUCAAAGACACGCGGUAUAUACGGGGUGUUUUAAAAAAAUAACGAAAAAAGUUGCAAUACUGUCUCUAUUUGGUGGAUUUUAUUUGUGGAUGCAAAAUUUUUACUCAAAAUGUGUCAAGCUGGAACAUUUUUUUGGUACACCCCUUAUCAGUUUUUGUUGCAUUAUUUACACUGCAUGGCGCAUGAACAUUAGGCAUUUUAACAUGUUUUGAGGACAAAUUUUCAAUUGAUUCGACAUUGGGAAUAUAUUGGAGUGCAGAUUAAAUGAGAAAUUUCCUCUGUACUAGGGAGAUUAGUUAAUUAUAUUUAAAAUGAUUUUGUAUCUAUAUUUUAUCAUUUAUUUAAUUAUGUUAAUGUAAUAUAUCAUAGAAUAAUGA